UCAACACAAAAGCUUACGCGUGCAAGAAAAAGGGUAGUGGGAAAACAAUUUCAAACGUCAUUGCUACACCUGCAGCUUAAGAAAUUACAAAGUCCCUAUGGUUGUGAACAGCAUGAGAUGCUGCAAUUUCGUCGCAAUUUGAACGCCCGCGAUUAGGUUAGGUGAAUGAAUGUUUGAAACCAAAGUUAAUUAACCCACCGCCCACAACCCAACGAAUGAAAGUCAAAUUAAGGAAACUCCCAUCGCAUGACUUCAUCAAAAUCCAUUGCUCUCUAUCUAUUUAUUUCUACUUCUAUUUCCUCAAGCUUUCUUGUAAACUUCCAAUAUGUCAUCGAUGGCGGAUCAACAGAGAAUCCAUCCCGUCCUGGAUGUCGAAGCACCGCCACAAACCUCCCCAACAGUUCCCUUGGUGCCCCAGGGCACGUCGAAAUCCGAUGACCAAUCAUAUCCACCUUUCCAUCGUACUUAUCCACCUAUGAACUCCAAACCUCCCAAGAAGAGAAGCCGUUGCUGCAAGUGCUUGUGUUGGACCCUGUCUCUUCUCUUGCUGCUCAUCCUUAUUCUGGGGAUUACCGUUGGCAUUUUGUUUCUUGUUUUCCGACCGAAGCUACCUAAAUAUUCUAUUGACAGGUUGCAGAUAAGCCAGUUCGAUCUUAAUUCUAUGGACUCUACCUUAUCCGCUACCUUUAAUGUUACCAUUACUGCCAGGAAUCCCAACGAAAGAAUCGGAAUCUAUUACGAAGGAGGUAGCCAUCUAAGCGCGUGGUACACUGAAACCAAGUUAUGCCAAGGGUCAAUGCCAAAAUUCUACCAAGGUCACCGGAACACGACGGUGCUGGUUUUGCCUUUGUCAGGACAAAUCCAAAACGGUACAGGUUUGAUCAUGGCGGUGCAAGAGCAGCAACAGCGGACGGGAAACAUCCCAUUGAGACUGCGGGUGAGUCAGCCUGUGAGGGUUAAGCUUGGGAAGUUAAAGCUCAUGAAAGUGAAGUUCUCGGUUAGGUGCGGGUUAGUGGUAGACGCUUUAUCUGCUAACAACGCCAUCACAAUUCAGAGUAGUAGCUGCAAAUUUAGGCUUAGAUUGUAGAGUUCCUAAUUUCUAACACCCGCCAUAUUUUUUUACAUUUAUGUUCCAGAAAUAAGGAGGGUUUUAAUAUAUAUAUGCGGUUUUGUUCUCCUCCAUGCUAUAUACUUCAGUUUGUUGUUAUAUUUGUAAUGGUAUUGGUAUUCUAUAUAUUCUUUUUUCUUUUUUUGUGAAA